AUGUCAUAUGUUGCUUUACGAAAGGCCGGAGCAGGAGCAGAUCCUCGAGGCGUCAGAGCGCACAUCUCAAUGAUAGAGCCUUUGGAGGUUGAUGUUGGGUCAGCUGAAGAGCUAAUUUGCUACGACGCUCAGAUAUCUUUCAUGAUCGUAGGCAAGGGUAACGACUGCUGGAAGGCCUACUGCAAUGUUGACAGCUGGUUCGGCAGUGAAAAGGAUGUCGACGCCUACCUGGCGAACGACGAAGAUGGCCCAAGUGGCGGCGCGAGGCUGGCUUCCGACCUCUGCUUGGACCCAAAGGAAUAUUUUCUACUGGUCUUGAGCCAGCGAUUCCGACAGACGGGCAUGGAAUGGGGUAAUCUUUGCGACGUUCUCAUGGCACGAACUGACACAUAUGAAAGCCGCUAUCUCCAGACCAUCGACACUGCUGACCUACGUGACGACCAAGCAAUGUCGCGCACACGAUCUUAUUCCAAGGCCGCAUCGAUGCUCCGCCAAUAUCAUGAUACAUUGUCUACGACGCUCGACCGUUUACAAGACUUUCUGAAUCGCAACGAAGACACCUUCAAGGACCAAAAAGACUUCCAAGACCAGUGUGGCUGCUACUUCAGAACCAUCGACAUCGAAUUCACGCAUCUCAGUCGUUGGCGUCAGCGUCUUCACGAGCGCAUGCAGCGCUUCGAUAUGAUGCGCGACGGUCUCUUAAAUGCCUCGGUUCUACGGGAAAGUCGCCGAUCAACGCAACAGGCAAGUGACAUCGAAACAGAACACAACAUAGCGGGUCUUCUUGCGGGCACGACUGAUUCUAGACUCACCACCCAUGGCGCGCUUCAAACCCAGCGCCUUGCGCGCUCCCUUGUGCAAGAGAGGGCGAUCCACUUUACACAUAUCUUUUCUUCCGAUCUGAGCCGAGCGUGUCUCACUGCGGAUGCCAUCCAUAAUGCCCAGCUCGGUGAGAAAAGCUCCGAAAGAGUCAAAGCAGAAAGAAUAGUUCUGGACAUUCUGCGAGAACAAGACUUUGGAUCUCUUGAGUGCCGCCCAUGGACAUCGAAGGCGGCAGCCACGAGAGCCAGUAGCAACCUUCUCGAUCCUGAUCAUCCGGACUUCAAGCCAAAGGAGACUCAAGAGGCGAUGGCUACGAGGAUGAACACGUUCCUCAACGAGACCCUACUUCCACUGCUGGCUGCUGAUUCCGAAAUUGGGAGCAAAGUCGCGGUCGUGUCUCAUGGCAUUAUAUUGUCGGUCCUUUGGAGAAUUCUGCUUCAACAGUUCGGUGCUGGAAGUGUGUCGUUGGGUCCCGAAGUCAGCGCGUCCACCGGCAGCAGGCCUUUGGAAUACUUGCCAGGGUGGUCGAACACUGGCUAUCUGGAGCUGGACAUCAAUUGUGCUCAGGUGCGCCCUGAUCUCGACAUACCUCGGUCCCCGAACACUGAUCUGCGAGUGUCAGUGCUAAGUGGCUACAAGAUGCUAAUCAGGGCCAUCAACCGCAAGGAUCAUCUCAACAACCUCAAGAGGACGAGGGGAGGUCUGGGUAGUACUGCCUUCGAUGCAAAGCAGAAAAGCCUUGAAGGAUUCUUCAAAAAGCCCAAGAUUGAGGUGCAGAAUCAUAAAGCUGGCUAG